AUCCCCCAUGAGUACUGAAUGGUCGUCCAGCAACGCCAAUGCCAUUCCAAAUCAGAGAAAAAGGCCCUUCCCAACAGAAGCUGCACUGACGACUACCAUCACACACUGCGUUGUUGUCGCCGUGGAUCACUCCGUUAUACACUAUAGAGUCUGCGCUGGAUGUGAAAGACCCCUCCCUGACCCCAACCCCGACACUCCCUCGCCCGUUUGUAUGUACUGUUCUUCUUCGGCAUCCUCCAACCCAACACCCUCUGCUUCCAAACUUCUCUUCCGUGUCCUUGUAUGAAACCGAUUACCUCUAUUGAGCUUUGGGUAUUUUUGAAUGAUGGGUUCUUUGGGUUUAUCGGUAAAUGAUAUUGCAGAUGUCUAUAGCUACGGAUACCAAGGUAAUCGCGGUGAUAAUGUUUGACAGAGCGGCUAGGGUUCUGUUUGGCUGCUCCGCUGACGAGUUCUUUGAGUUCACCAAGACUCGUCCUUCUGCAGCUAGAAGUGCAGGUAAAGCUCUGGAAGGGGAGAUGCUGAGGAUUACAUUGUCACAGCCCAAAAGUGGGAAUGCACGUAAUCUCAGAGUGGUUUCAGUUGUUCCCUUGAGGUCUGGUUUUCAGCCCAUUAUUACAACUUUGAGGGAAUUGUAUUUAGUGAAUGCUGUCUUGUAAUAAUAUUUUUGAUUUUUGAUGUCACAGAAUCUCUCACGUCUUCACUGACAUGAUUUUCUUUUUAUUUGCUCCUGCUUUGUUAUC